GAGAAGAGACGUUGUGAUGGGGAAAGGAAACAGUAAGCUGGCGCCAGAGGUUCUGGAUGACCUCACCAAGAGUACUGAGUUCAACGAGGCUGAGCUCAAGCAGUGGUACAAAGGCUUCCUCAAAGACUGUCCCUCUGGUAUACUGAAUCUAGAGGAGUUCCAACAACUAUAUGUCAAGUUCUUUCCGUACGGCGACGCGUCUAAGUUCGCCCAGCACGCCUUCCGGACCUUCGAUAAGAACGGUGACGGGACCAUCGACUUCCGGGAGUUUAUCUGUGCUCUGUCAAUCACCUCGAGGGGGAGCUUUGAGCAGAAACUCAACUGGGCCUUCAACAUGUAUGACUUAGACGGAGACGGCAAGAUCACACGCAUGGAGAUGCUGGAGAUUAUAGAGGCAAUCUACAAGAUGGUUGGUACUGUGAUAAUGAUGCGUAUGAACGAGGAUGGGCUGACUCCCCAGCAGCGUGUGGAUAAGAUCUUCUCCAAGAUGGAUAAAGAUCACAACGAUGAGAUCACACUAGAGGAGUUCAAAGAGGCAGCCAAGAGUGAUCCCUCCAUUGUCCUACUGCUGCAGUGUGACAUGCAGAAAUAGAGGAGGGAGGAGGGAGGGAGGUGAGGUAGGGAGGGGAGGAGAGCAGAGAGGG